AGCUUACGCCUGCGACGUAAACGGCGGUCGCACAGCCUUUAGGCCUAUCUUUUCCAAGGCGUUCGGAAGAAGUGUCGCUCGUGUGACGCUAAAAUAACUACGACUGUAAGGUUCAGGGGACGCGAAGGACUGAAGAACGCAGUCUCUGGCCCUGUAUUUUGGGAAUUUGACAAAAAAUGGAAAUUGAAAGUGGAAAUAAAGAAAAGGCAAUGGAAGAAGAAAGCAUAGAAAAGAAAAAAGAAGUAGAAAAAAAGAAAAGGUCUAGAGUUAAACAGGUGCUUGCAGAUAUUGUGAAGCAAGUGGACUUCUGGUUUGGAGAUGCAAAUCUCCACAAGGAUAGAUUUCUUCGCGAGCAGAUAGAAAAAUCUAGAGAUGGAUAUGUUGAUAUAUCACUUCUUGUGUCCUUCAACAAAAUGAAAAAAUUGACCACCGAUGGAAAGUUAAUAGCCAGAGCACUGAAAAGUUCUGCUGUUGUAGAGCUGGAUUUAGAAGGCACCAGAAUCAGAAGGAAAAAGCCGCUGGGUGAGAGACCCAAGGAUGAGGAUGAGCGGACAGUGUAUGUGGAACUGCUUCCCAAAAAUGUUAACCACAGCUGGAUUGAGAGAGUAUUUGGGAAAUGUGGCAAUGUUGUUUAUAUAAGUAUACCACAUUAUAAGUCUACUGGGGACCCAAAGGGAUUUGCCUUCGUGGAAUUUGAAACAAAAGAACAAGCUGCAAAAGCUAUUGAGUUUCUUAAUAACCCACCAGAGGAAGCACCGAGAAAACCUGGUGUAUUUCCCAAGACAGUGAAAAACAAGCCCAUUCCUGCUCUGACAGUAACUGAAGAAAAGAAAAAGAAGAAGAAGAAGAAAGGCCGAACCAAGAAAGAUGACAAUAUCCAGCCCAAGGAGUCAAAUAUGGACGUAACCAAGGAAAGUAUCUGUAAAAAAAGAUCAAGGACCACAUCUGAGAGCUCUGAAGUAGAGGUUACUGAACCCCAAAAGCAACCCACAAAGAAAAAGAAAAAACGAGAAAAAACUGAAGUAUCCAGCUUACCUUUAGUCAAAGCAGGAAAGAGGAAAAGAAGCAGCUCUGAAGAUGCAGACUGCCUCGCUCCCAAAACGAAAGCUAAGAAAGUGUCUCAGAAAGACAAUGUUAAAAAAGAAGCUCCAGAAGUUUGUAAAGAAAACAAAGAAUUAGAAGUCUCUACGGAAGAGGAAAAGGAUACUGGAGAUAUAAAAGACGGAUCCCUACUGAAAGCAAAAAGAAAGCAUAAGAAAAAACAUAAAGAGAGGCAUAAGAUGGGAGAAGAGGUUAUUCCAUUACGAGUGCUAUCGAAGACAGAAUGGUUGGAUUUGAAGAAAGAGUAUUUAGCACUGCAAAAAGCCAGCAUGGCUUCUUUAAAAAAAACAAUAUCCCAAAUAAAGUCACAAUCAGAAAUGGAAACAAAUGGAGUGCCUACUAAUUCCGGAAUGAAAAGUGAAAAAACAAACAGUGAAGAGUGUGGUCCCCAGGAGAAAGUUAAUGCAGCAGGACCACAGUUUGUGAGUGGUGUGAUUGUGAAGAUCAUUAGCACCGAGCCUUUACCUGGCAGGAAGCAAGUCAGGGAUACUUUGGCAGCAGUCUCAGAGGUUGUUUAUGUUGAUUUGCUGGAAGGAGAUACGGAAUGCCAUGCUAGAUUUAAAACUCCUGAGGAUGCUCAAGCAGUAGUAACUGCACAUUCAGAAAUUAAAAAGAAACACUGCUGGAAACUAGAGAUUCUUUCUGGUGAUCAUGAACAGAGGUAUUGGCAGAAGAUUUUGGUAGAUAGGCAGGCCAAACUUAAUCAACCUCGUGAAAAGAAAAGAGGCACUGAGAAGUUAAUCACCAAAGCUGAAAAGAUUAGACUCGAAAAGACUCAACAAGCAAGUCAACACAUCAGAUUUUCUGAAUAUGACUGAAAAAAAUUUUUUGUUCACCUCUUCAGGUUUCACUGGAUACUAGAGCUAUUCUUAGGAAUAUCUUUUUUUUAUGGUGGUAAUGCAUAAUGUUUUUCUAAAACCUACAUUUAAUUAAAUAGUUUUUCUUUAACUUGUAAAUACGACUUUUCCUGGAGACAGUUACAUUGUUUACCACAGUUUUUCUGUAAACGUUGCAUUUGUUGAAAUUAUAUGACACAAAUCAACCUCAAAGUGAUUUAGAAAAUAAAUGUGUUUGAAAUUAU